ACUGGCGACCGCCCAUACAAGUGCCAACACUGCGGUGAUCAGUUUGCUCGAAGCGACCUCCUCUCGCGGCACAUCAACAAGUGCCAUGCCUCGGAAAAGCCUCCCACUACCACCGCCCCCUCGCGUAGGAAGGGCACAGCCGCCGCCUCCCGCGCAACCACCUCGAAGCAAGCGUGCGACCAGUGUGUGACCUCGAGUCUCCCGUGCGAUGGAGCCAACCCUUGUGCAAAAUGCGUCCAUCGCAAGUGCCGAUGCACCUACAUCAAGUUCCAUCGCCAAACAGCCCCCGCCGGUCCUGGUCACCCUCUGCCCCAGACGAUGCCUGUCGCGCGACACGCCAUCUCCCUCGGUGCGCCUCGCCUGCCCGACGAGUUCCUCCUCGGGCCCGCCCCGGGCGUCCUCGGUGUCCCCGGCAUGUACAACACUGCUCCUCACUACUCCCUCUACCCCAACGGCUACCAGUCAUCAUUGCCCCCGCUUUCAUCGGCACUCGCCCCGUCGGACAGUCAGAUGCCUCCCAUGCUCCAUCGUGAAGGCCUUGACGGCGCAGACACCAUGGCCCGCAUCCGCGCUCAGGCGGAACUCCUCACUCGUGCUGGUGGCAUGCCAAAUGGUGCGCUCAGUCCUGCACAGCCCGCCUCGUCGGCUGACACGAGCGCCGUCUGGUUUGACCUUUACGCCGUCGCAGCGAGCGCGCAGGGUGGUCAGUAUGACAGGUACAACCCUCCCUCUACCGCCCAGUGGGAGGCACAACGCGUCGACCCCUCCUACAUGGCACGCUCUUCAGGCCAUCAAUCGGUGUCCUUUCCUCCUGGGACCGAACCCACCCUGCAAUCCCACCCUCCCACCGCCAACGCAUACCCCACCGAUAAUGCCGCGUACCACGCGAGCUCCUCCCUCGCCAACCCCUCUGCCUUUCCGUCACACCACACCCACGCGCGCACCGACGACCUGAGCUCGGACGAGUUCGGGAGCGACGCCGGGAGCUCGCACUCGAUCCCCAGCAGCGCGAACUCGAGCAGCGUCCACCUUCCCCUCCCCGCUUUCAACAACAUCCGCACGCGUGAAGGCAGCAAGGACGACUACGACCAGCAGCGGUAUCCUUCAGGGGCGCCCCACGAUGGCGAGGGCCAUUUCUCCUCUGCCUUCGGUCUCAUGAGCCUCGACGACCCGAACGUCCUCGCCGGGCUCGCCGCCGACGGCCAGCCGUUCUUCUCCGGCAUGUCUGGAACUGGGUUUACGCCCGGUGCGAACAACAACUACGCGCUCGCGACGCCCACGCAGGAUCUCCUGGCGCAGCUGAAGAGCGCCGGUGGGCGGGAAGGGAUGGAGAGCAAGGAGAUGCGCGACUUCUGGAAGAUGUAUCUCAAGACGCCGCUCACGGGCCCCAACACGUCUGGCAUCCUCUUUCCCCUCCAGACCCCCACCGGCCCGGGCUCCCAGCUCGGUCAGCACCCGGGCGGAUCCAGGCCCAGCCCCCCACGACGUCACUCGCGCGUCGCCAGCUUGCCCAGCAUGAAGACCCCGCCGCUCUUCACCGACGAACGCCUCGGCUACAACGGGCGGCCGUCGACGGGGGACGCCGAGGCGCACGCGCAACAGCACCAGGGCCAGGCGGGCUACAACUCGACGAUGCGGUCGACGGCGCACGGCGCGGAAGACCUCAAGAGCUACGAGCAGGCGGUGCUCGCGCGCAGGGCGCCGAUGACGCUCAACAUCGCCCCGAAGCGCAAGGGCUCGCUCGCGGUGGCUUCGCCCAGGAGCGCGCACGGGCUCGCGGUGGCCGGCGCGGCGCUCGGGAAAAGUAAGAGCAUGAGCCCCGUCGUCCCCCACGCGCCGUUCUCAAAUAGCCCCCCUUCCGGCGGCGGCGGGAGCAAGAUCUCCGAGCUCCUGAACCGACCCGGGUCUAGCUCGAGCGCAGAGAGAAGCGGAAGCUCCGGCGGCGGCGGGCCCCCGAACGCGGCGUCCAUGGCGAGCUCGUCGCUCGCGCACGCGUUCACCGACGACCCGGGCCAGGCGCACCACUCGCUCACGGAGGCGGGCCUGCGCCCGUCGUUCAAGCGCGGCGCGUCGCAGACGCUCGGCCCCCCGAACGCGAAGCGCGCGCUGCUCAACCCGGCGGGGUGGGAGGAGGAAGACGAAGGGGACGACAGCGCGUCGCCGGCGGCGGACGAGGACGAGGACGGGCAUCCGCCGCCGCCGAUCCGGAUGCCGUACCUCCCUGGGUCGUUCGCGGAUCCUUCGUCGCGGACGGUCGGUCUGUCCGCGCACGCGUCGGGAUGA